AUGGUGGACAGUAAGGUCCCUCAGCCGGGACCGGCCAAGUUGAAGCGCAAUGCCGGCCCUGAUGAGUGGCUGGAGGCCGCAAAGGACUGCAAAUACCUCUCGGAGUCCCAUAUGAAACAGCUUUGUGAAAUCGUCAAGGAGUUUAUGAUGGAAGAGUCGAACAUUCAGCCGGUCUCAACACCUGUGACCAUCUGUGGAGAUAUUCACGGUCAAUUUUACGAUUUGCUAGAGCUGUUCCGAGUCUCUGGAGGCAUGCCCGAUGAACCUGACGUCGAGCCGCCUAAAACGUCGCCUUCCGUCAUCACCUCGGAGGACAUCGAACCCCCUUCCACCAUUACCGAUCCCAAGCUGCGCAAGAAAUUGAGGAACUCCGGCAACUCGGAUGAUCUUGCGGACGAGACAGGCUCGAAUAACAGCCAGCGCGGUCGGUCUUCCAGCGCAGGCUCGAAUGAGGUUACAUUGAAUCGAAACUUUGUAUUCCUUGGUGACUAUGUGGACAGAGGGUACUUCAGUUUGGAGACCCUCACGUUACUGCUGUGCCUCAAGGCAAAGUAUCCUGAUCGUGUUACGCUGGUACGCGGUAACCACGAGUCUCGCCAGAUCACUCAAGUCUACGGUUUCUACGAGGAGUGCUUUCAGAAGUAUGGCAAUGCGUCCGUAUGGAAGGCUUGCUGCCAGGUUUUCGAUUUCAUGACAUUGGGCGCCAUCAUCGAUGGUAGGGUGCUCUGUGUGCACGGUGGACUGAGCCCGGAGAUUAGAACACUGGAUCAAGUGCGGGUGGUCGCGAGAGCCCAAGAGAUUCCACACGAAGGUGCUUUUUGUGACCUGGUCUGGUCUGACCCCGAUGAUGUGGAGACAUGGGCAGUGAGUCCCAGAGGAGCUGGCUGGCUGUUCGGAGAUAAGGUUGCAGACGAGUUCUGCCAUGUCAAUGACCUGACCCUGAUUGCCCGAGCCCAUCAAUUGGUCAACGAGGGUUACAAGUAUCACUUCGCCAACCAGAACGUGGUCACCGUGUGGAGUGCUCCCAACUACUGUUACCGAUGUGGCAACCUCGCCUCUGUGUGCGAGAUCGACGAUGAUCUAAAACCGACGUUCAAGCUCUUCAGCGCGGUCAGUGACGAUCAACGACAUGUGCCGACGUCGCGGCCGGGCCGCAGUGAGUACUUCCUGUAA